AUGAAAUAUUUACAAUUCAUAUUAAUAUUAGGUCUGACACUUGCUUUAACAACUACAGAAUAGUCAGGAAUACUUGAUCCUAAUGACAUGAUGUUUUAAUAGGAAGAUUCUUAAUCUACUAUCAACGUUAGAGAAUAAUAAAUCGAAACAAAGAAUCAAUAAUGGGUUGCCUAAGAAUUUAUUUAAGAUAACAAUUCUAAUGAAGUAAUGACUGAGGCUGAAUUGGAACAUGCCUUAAUUACAAAAGACGACUUAAAUAAUAUUCCUGACAUCUAGAUGGGAACCUAAAACGCACUUUUUUUACAAAAAAGAAAAAAUUGA